UGCUCUUCACUGGAGAAGACCAAGCACCGGCUGCAGAAUGAGAUCGAGGACCUGAUGGUGGACGUGGAGCGCUCCAACGCAGCCGCCGCGGCCCUGGACAAGAAGCAGAGGAACUUCGACAAGAUCCUGGCCGAGUGGAAACAGAAGUACGAGGAGUCGCAGUCGGAGCUGGAGUCCUCGCAGAAGGAGGCGCGCUCCCUCAGCACAGAGCUCUUCAAGCUCAAAAACGCCUAUGAGGAGUCCCUGGAGCAUCUGGAGACCUUCAAGCGGGAGAACAAGAACCUUCAGG